AGGACUUCAUCAGCUCAGAGUCCAAGAUCCAUGCAGCCACCUGGGGAAAAGAAGCACGGAGAUUCUCCCAGAAGCCCUGACGGUGGGGACUUGUCCAGUGCUGGGCUUGGAGGCUCCUGCUCCACUUCUGAGAGUGCUGCCAGCCCAGACCUGUGCAUCGUGUCCCCAGAGGUGACUGAGCCAAGAAAGCACCCACAGGAAGCCACAGGUCCAGAAGGAACUCCACUGUCCAGCCCAAAACCGGCCUGGGAGCAGGAGUGGCCCUUGACCUCCAUGCCCUUCACCGAGUACACUCCAGAAGGUUGCUUGGCAAGCCCAGCAGCAGAACCUGAAGAUGUUCUCACCAAGCACCCAAGGAGGGAGCCUUCCCCAAGUGCCCCAGGGGAAACUGUGGCAUUUACCUCUGAAGGGGACAGUAUGGCUGCCAAAGUCUCUAGUGCUGGGGGAGACAAAGAGAUGAAGGCAGAGGGACAAAUUUCUUCCUCCUACAGUUGCACUCACCAGUCGCCAGGAAUUUCACCAGCACCUCCAGGAGAGCCAAGGAAGGAGCUGCUAUGUGCAGAGGGUUGCAAAGAGUCUCAAGAGAAAGAGAGUAUAAGUCGCUGUUCCCCUUCAGAAUCUAGGCUGGAUGUGGCUUCUGGACAGACAGUCCCCAAGGCCUCUGCUUCUGCCCUUCCAGACAAGGAGAGCUCAGCUGGCCUAGUGGAAUGUCCCCUAAAACCCGAGACCAUGGUCCCACAAGGUUCAGCUCCAAGAGCCUUGGACAGAGAAAAGGGCCAAGUGGAGAUGCCACCUCAGCAUUUAGCCAAUGACUUGGAAUUCCUUAGCUCCUGCCAUUCCCCUGGGAGCAAUUCAGGAGCUGCCCAUGAAGCUGAAGCUGCUGCUUCCCAGGAGAGCUGCCAACAGCAGAUGGGAGCACAUCUUCUCCACGUAGAGCUGCCCUGGGACCCACUGAGUCCUGCCCUGGUGCCAGGGAAGGAAACUCUGGGUGCCAGUGAUGCUCGUAGUCACUUGCAGACAGGGAUGAAAGGUGUAGAGACCCAUCAAGUUGCCCAUGUGGCAACAGGCAUCCAGGUAUAUGGGAGUUCACUUGACAGCCCUGAGCCCGUUCCACUUACCCAGACUGAAGAAACACAUCCAGCUUCAAGCCCCACAGCACAUCCAGCCCCUGGGAUUCCUGCUGGAACAGAAGGACCCAGUUCACUGGCCAGGGAGAUGGCUUCCAAAGCUGAAGUGCCAGUUUCUGCAGAUGUGGUCAAAGAGCUGGAGGAUGCAAGGUCAGCAGGACUGGAAAAUUGGUCGUCCAAUUUUGGAAGAGAGCAAGAGCAUUCAGAAGCAAGCCCAGGAGAGGUUUCUGCCUCUUCACCCCAGGAGAGGGUAGAGCUCUGGAACUGGGAGCAAAGCCAUGCAGUCACACGAGGCGUGAUGCUGUCCUCUCCUCCUCCUCCUGGGGCUUCAAGCAAAGGUACCGGGAGCUCAGUGGGGCCAAAGGAGGGAACUAAGGCCCCCGAGGAUACUGGAAGUCCAAAUGUGGCUAAAGAGAAAAACAGAUGCCAUGGAGACAACCCUGCAGGACCAAUCAAAGCCCAGGAGGAACAAGCCACAGAGCAACCUGGCACUGUGGAUCCUGGAAACCUGUGGGGAGAAGAGUCUCAAACCUUCCACUGCAAGCCCUAUACAAAGGUAGACAAAGAUGAGGUCUCAAAGCCAAGUGAUGAUUCAGAGAACACAAUCUUUUCCAACUCAGAUUCAGCACAGCCACCCAGAAAGGGAGACACUGGACACACGGACAGGUCUGACUCUGGGUUAGCCGAAGCAGCAUGGCAGGUGGUGGCUGAAACCCACAUGGCUGAUACAGCUAUCUCAGCCCACAAACCCCAUGAGGAGGACCCCAUCCAGACACCAGCCCCAGAUGGUACAGGUGAGCAUUCUGUUCCCAAAGAAGCUGUCUGGGAGAAGCCAGGAUUACUGACCAAAUGCCUGGACAUGCUUCAGGAUAGGGAAGGACUGGGAAAAACAGAGUCUCCGUCUGCUUUCAAAUCUGAAAAAUCAGAUUUCCUGUCAAGUUUUGCUGCAGAGGUUGUAACCAAAGCCCAGGAGGUGGAGCACACUUUGGAAAUAAGGAUGGCAGACUGCCCAUCCCCACAGAAGCCCAGCAGCUGUGACACUGAGGGCUUGUUGGCAUCCCCAGGCCAACCUGGUGGGCCAGGGCAAGAUGCAGCUGGACAGGAAGUUCAUGCUGGUGUGCCACACAGCCCUGAUGGAGAGGACGAAGCAGAGGACUGUGGGCUCACCACUCCCAACCUGCUGCAAGCGUGUCAGGGAAACCCAUCCCGCCCAGAGGACAGCUGGACAAGAGGAGCUGCAUCAGAGUGUCCCCCACUACCUUCUGAAAACUGUCUCCAGCCAUCCCAAUUGGACUCAGAAGCAUCCAUCUUUGAUAUUCUCAGGGAGAAGACCGCACCACCUGCAAAUGGGAAAGAGGCUUACUCAAGUGAUGGAGGGUUUAAGAACCGGGGUUCAGAGUCUUCCGUGGAUGUGAGCUUACCCACUCAUGGUGGAUGGGAACAGGUUUCUGCAUCAGAGCUUCAAAGUCAGCUCCCCAAAGGCAGUCGGUCUGAUGCUCCAAGUUCAACUCCCAAGGACACGGUUCGGGAGAGUUCUCCACCAGUGGAGUCAGAAUCAUCAACCCCAAUAGGACAGAAGUUGCCUGUGCUAGGGGAGAAUGAGCAAAAGGGAGUAGGCUGUGGUGGUCAGCCUCCUGCAGCAGACACCUUAAAAGCUUCUUCUCUUGCAGAGGACUUCAGUAGAAAGGAAAGUUGCAGUGCUGGCCGGGGACCAAGCAAGUCCCAACAAGCGCUGGUUGGUGCUUUGAAGUCAGGCAGCCAACAUGAAGAAGCCUGUUGCAAGGGUGCAGGAGUUUCUGAAGCAGAUGACACCUGGCCCCUGCCCCAGGGCUUGGGUAAGACAGAGAGGGCAAGUAGAAACACAGUGGAGGCCCCGCCUUGUCCACAUGACUCAGUAGCUCUCCUGGAUGCAGCUCACUGCCUGCUGGCCCCAGCGCCUGCCAGUGCCAGAAUCACACCCACCCAGGAUGCCCCAGAGAAACAGGCAUAUGAUAAACGCCAGGAAGACAGGCAGGAACCAGUGCCAGCCCAGCAGCAGGGAAUGCAGUGCCCAGCCACCAUGGAUGCAGAGGCCCCAAAGCUUCUUGGAAGUUUCCCAUCAGCUGGGGAGCAAGAUAGUGAAGGUGGAGCUGCUGAGAGUGGUGGAAAUGACAGUGAAGGAGGCCCCAGGAUGCUGCAGGCUCCCAGAGAACCAGAAGCUGCUCGGAGCGUGGUCUUCUUAGAUACCGAGCACUGCUUUGUGGCCGGGAAAGAAGCUUCUACCUUGGCCCUGGGUGAGCCUUGCCAAGCUGAGCGGCUUGUGUCCAGCUGCCAGGGGACCUUGCUAUCAGUCAGAGAACUGGGUGGGACCCCCAGAAGCACUGUGGGUAUUUCUGCCUGCCAGGCUAUCCCUGACCGAAAGAGGCUUCUGCUGUCCGGGCCACAUGCAGAGGCUGAUCCUGACACCCCCUACCUGCACAUUGAUGGUGCUGCUGGGAAAGGAGCAAAAGACAGUAUAGUGAAAGCUAUUUCCUCCAAGGGCUCCCAGGCUCCUGGUGAAAGCUCCUGCCCCACAGAGGAGCCCUUGCUUGCCCUUGGAAAUGCUGCCUCUGCGAAGCUGCCUGCUGGCUCCGCGAAGCUGCCUGCUGGCUCCCUCACCUUGCCCUUGCAUUCAGGAGCUGCAAGUGGGGAAAUCCCUGCAGUGCAGCUCAUCAGUGAAAGCCCCAAAGCUGGAAUCACUGAGGGACCUGUGGCCUCAGUGCCCUACCUGGACAGGAUGCCUCUCUUGGCCAUGGGUAAGCAGACAGCAGGGGAGGAUGUAGUGGCCACAGCUCCAGACCCAGGUGCCAGACCGUGUAAGAUUCCAGUGUGCCCUCCUAGUGAGGAUGGCAUGGUGGCCAAUACAGAAAGAGAGACAGUAGGUAGUGGGGAGAAGAUGGGAGGUCCUUCCCCAGAUCCAAAGAGGGACGUAUCGUGUGGUGUGGGUGCAAGCUCCAAGCAGAUCGGCAUGAUCACUGGGUUCCCUGACUUCAGGGAGCACAUCACCAAGAUCUUUGACCAGUCUGUGUUUGGAGCACUGGCCACUGAUGGGCCCCAGAGAGCACCUGGUGAAAAGGCAGGAGCUGGGAAAAAUGUGGUGGGCAAGGACCCUGCCAUACGACCACUAAAUCCAGAAAACCAUCUAGAUGGGACUCAAGGAGUGGCCCCUACCCUUCUCCCUGUACCUCCUACCCUUCUCCCUGUACCUCCUGCUAUACUCUUGGAGAAGAAACAAGAAUGGGCUGUUGAGGCUGAGAUUUCCCCUCUGGUUUCCCAGGAUCCAGCUCCAGGCAAACUGCUGGCUUGGGCAGGACCAGCCUUGGAGCAAAACCUGCCAGAUGCCAAUGUUGAGGAGGAGAUGACUGGUGUCCCAUCAAUAGUGAGAAGUGAGAGGACAGAGGGGUGUGAGGAGGCCUGCCUAGGCCUGGGGACCCAGGCUCACUCACAGCCUGUGGAGAGUGGGCAAGAAUUAGCUGCAGGUCUUCCCUCACCCUUGCUGGCCGAUCAGGGGAUGCCUAUAGAAGGAAUCACUGACCCCAAGGUGGCUCCCCAGAGCGGUGGAAGAGAGGCCUUGGUUCAACAUGACAGAAUUCCUUCUAGAGAACAGCGCCCGGGAACAUCAGCCUGUGAAGACCAACACAGAAAAGCUAGUCCCCAGGACUUUGCUCACACAGGGGGUCCAGAUGAUGUGCUGGGAUCCACCUGUGCCCUUGAAGCCUCUUCUCCCGGUGGGGAUAUGUUAAUGAUGCCUAAGGCUAACAACAGUGAGCCUGGGACCCCUCGAACACUUGGGGGUGGGAGGAGCCCUGAGGCUACCGCCACCAUCUUGGAAAUGCAAAAUGCCUCAGGGCACAAGAGCACCCCUAAGCCACAGGCUGGAGAAGUGACAGACAUCUCCCUAGAGCCCAGCAAAGUGUCAGGAGCUGCUGGGGAAGCUGAGUGUGACAUCACAUCGCACACAGCUAAGAGGUGGGCAUGUGGAUCUGGUGACUUGCCUGAAACAGGUACUACAAGGAUGUUCUCUGGCGUGGCUCAUGACUCAGAGCUGCCGGGAAGCUAUCAGGACCCAGAAUGCUCUGACAGGGCUCAGAUGAUGGAGGACGAAGUCACCCUUAGAGAGGACAGCCUAGCUGGGCACCAGGAGACAAAGGAGCAGCUGAAGCCCGAGCUCCCUGCUCCUGCUGGGCACAUGAAGGAGUGUGUCUCUUCAGAACUGGACAAAACUGGAGACCCUAAGCUGCAGCACUUGGCUCCAGAAGAGCUCCACGGUGACAGGAGGAGCCCUGGGCCUGUCCCAGCCACCUCACCUUUGAUUCCUGAGAAUGCUCUGAGAGACACUUCUUCAGAUGAGGCCAGAAGUGCAGGAAGACUAGAAAGCUCACCUGUAACUGAUGAUGUCAUCCAGCCGGCUGCCUCCACAGACUUGGGAAACCCACCCUUAGCUACCUCCUCCCACCACAGUGAUGCUGUUGGCCAGGUCCCUACAGAUCUGACAGCCCAGAGGAGUUCGGACUCUGAAGAAGCAUUUGAGACCCCAGAGUCAACAACCCCAGUUAAAGCUCUGCCAGCCCCACCCCCGCCACCCCCUGAGGUUAUCCCGGAACCUGAGGUCAGCGCGCCGGCGCCAGCCCCAGAAGAACCAGGAUGCACUUCUGAGACGGUCACCGUCCCCGAUGGCCCACGCAGCAGCUCAGUGGAAGGAAGUCCUUUCCGACCCCCACACUCCUCCUCUGCCGUCUUCGAUGAAGACAAGCCUAUAGCCAGCAGUGGGACGUACAACUUGGACUUUGAUAACAUUGAGCUGGUGGGUAACUUUCAGAGCUUGGAGCCUCGCUCCUCAGACUGUAGGAGCCAGGACUGCAAGGUGAGCACGCGCAGGAAGUCUACGGAGUCUGUGGCCCCCUCCAAGUCCACGCUGUCCCGCUCGCUCAGUCUUCAAGCCAGUGACUUUGAUGGGGCUUCCUGCCUGGGGAGCCCCGAGACUGUGGCCCUCGCCCCAGAUGCCUGCAGCACAGGAUCCAACAGCGCUUCUAGUACUCUCAAGCGAACUAAAAAACCGAGGCCACCUUCUUUAAAAAAGAAACAGACGUCCAAGAAGCCCACAGAAACCCCCGCAGUGAAAGAGACCCAGCAAGAGCCAGCCGAGGAGAGUCCUGACCCCAGUGAGGAACAGCUGACAUCUGAGGCAAAGACAGAGCUGGCCACGGCCGAGGGCUCUGGGUGCAUCCUCCCGGAGGAGACGCCCCUGGACCCUGCCGCCGGGCCCAAAGCUGCCUCUCCUCCAGACUUGGACUGUGGGGAGGGCGCUUGUCCCCCAGCUUCCGGAGGUGGCAGGGUGCAGAACUCACCUCCCAUUGGGAGGAAAACGUUGCCUCUUACCACGGCCCCCGAGGGAGUGGAGGUGACCCCAUCGGAUAGUGGGGGGCAAGAGGACUCCCCGGCCAAAGGGCUCUCAGUGAGGCUGGAGUUUGACUAUUCUGAGGACAAGGGUAGUUGGGACAACCAGCAGGAAAAUCCCCCUCCUACCAAAAAGAUAGGCAAAAAGCAGGUUGCCAAAAUGCCCCUGAGGAGGCCAAAGAUGAAAAAGACACCUGAGAAACUUGACAACACUCCUGCCUCACCUACCAGGUCCCCCACUGAACCCAAUGACAUCCCUGUUGCUAAAGGUACCUACACCUUUGAUAUUGACAAGUGGGAUGACCCCAAUUUUAACCCUUUUUCUUCCACCUCAAAAAUGCAGGAAUCUCCCACAUUGCCCCAGCAGUCGUAUAACUUUGACCCAGACACCUGUGAUGAGUCCCUUGACCCCUUUAAGACAUCCUCUAAGACCCCCAGCUCACCUUCCAAGUCCCCAGCCUCGUUUGAGAUUCCAGCCAGUAUUGAAGCCAAUGGAGUGGAUGGGGACGGGCUGAACAAGCCUGCCAAGAAGAAGAAGACACCCCUAAAGACGAUGGUUGAAGAUGUGAUGUCUGUGUGUUCUCUGUUUGACACAUUUAGGGUGAAAAAGUCACCAAAACGGUCUCCUCUCUCUGAUCCACCUUCUCAGGACCCCACUCCAGCUGCAACACCAGAAACACCACCAGUCAUCUCUGCAGUGGUCCACGCUACAGAUGAGGAAAAGCUGGCGGUCACCAGUCAGAAGUGGACAUGCAUGACCGUGGAUUUGGAGGCUGACAAACAGGACUUCCCACAGCCCUCAGACCUGUCCACCUUUGUAAACGAGACCAAAUUCAGUUCACCCACGGAGGAGUUGGAUUACAGAAACUCGUAUGAAAUUGAAUAUAUGGAAAAAAUUGGCUCCUCCUUACCUCAGGAUGAUGACGCCCCGAAGAAACAGGCCUUGUACCUUACGUUUGACACGUCUCAGGAGAGCCCCAUCAAGUCUUCCCCAGUCCGGAUGUCAGACUCCCCGACGCCGUGUUCAGGGUCAAGCUUUGAGGAGACUGAAGCCCUUGUGAAUGCUGCAGCAAAAGUCCAGCAUCCUGUCACACGAGGAGCGGCCACCAGCCAAGAGCCACACUUGCAAGUGCCAGAGAAAUCCUCCCAGAAAGACCUGGAGGCCAUGGCCUUGGGGACCCCUUCAGAGGCGAUCGAAAUUACAGCUCCUGAGGGCGCCUUUGCCUCUGCUGAUGCCCUUCUCAGCAGGCUGGCCCAUCCUGCCUCUCUCUGUGGUGCGCUUGACUAUCUGGAACCCGACUUAGCAGAAAAGAACCCCCCAGUAUUUGCUCAGAAGCUUCAGGAGGAGUUAGAGUUUGCCAUCAUGCGGAUAGAGGCCCUGAAGCUGGCCAGGCAGAUUGCCCUGGCUUCCCGCAACCGCCAGGACACCAAGAGAGAGGCUGCUCACCCACCAGAUGUCUCCAUCUCCAAAACAGCCCUGUACUCCCGCAUCGGGACCUCCGAGGUGGAAAAACCUGCAAGCCUUCUGUUUCAGCAGCCAGACCUGGACUCUGCACUCCAGGUUGCCAGAGCUGAGGUCAUCACCAAGGAGAGAGAGGUCUCAGAGUGGAAAGACAAAUAUGAAGAAAGCAGGCGGGAAGUGAUGGAAAUGAGGAAGAUCGUGGCCGAGUAUGAGAAGACGAUUGCACAGAUGAUAGAGGAUGAACAAAGAGAGAAGUCAGUGUCCCACCAAACAGUGCAGCAGCUGGUCCUGGAGAAGGAGCAGGCCCUGGCCGACCUGAACUCCGUGGAGAAGUCUCUCGCUGACCUUUUCAGGAGAUAUGAGAAGAUGAAGGAAGUCCUAGAAGGUUUCCGCAAGAAUGAAGAGGUGCUGAAGAAAUGUGCGCAGGAGUACCUGUCCCGAGUGAAGAAAGAGGAGCAGAGGUACCAGGCCUUGAAGGUGCACGCAGAGGAGAAGCUGGACAGGGCCAACGCUGAGAUUGCCCAGGUUCGAGGCAAGGCCCAGCAGGAGCAAGCUGCCUACCAAGCCAGCCUGCGGAAGGAGCAGCUGAGAGUGGAUGCUCUCGAAAGAACACUGGAGCAGAAGAAUAAAGAGAUAGAAGAGCUCACCAAGAUUUGUGAUGAACUGAUUGCCAAAAUGGGGAAAAGCUAACUCUGAACCAAAUGCUUGGACUUGACUGUUGCGUGCAAUAUGACCACUGGCACACUGCUGUCCCUGGAGUUACACGGACAGGUUCUGUUUUCACUUUUCGUAUGCACUACUGUAUUUUCUUUCUAAAUAAUGUUUGAUUUGAUUGUAUGCAGUACUAAGGAGACUAUCAGGAUUUCUUGCUAUUGGUUUGCAUUUUCCUAGUAUAAUUCAUAGCAAGUUGACCUCAGAGUUCCUGUAUCAGGGAGAUUGUCUGAUUCUCUAAUAAAAGACAAAUUGCUGACCUUGGCCUUGCCCUUUGUACACGAAUUCCCAGGGUGAGCAGCUUUUGAUUUAAUACGAACAUGUACAGCGUGCAUAGGGACUCUUGCCUUAAGGAGUGUAAACUUGAUCCACACUUGCUGAUUUGUUUUAAAGAACGCAUGUUUCAAAUAAAAUCUUCUAUUGUAAAUAAAUUUUUUUCUUUGGAUCUUG